AUGUCGUCGUCUCCGACCUACUACAAGGAACUGAACAGACACAAACUCCCGGGCGGUCUGACAUGGUUGCUCUCGUUGGGUUUCGUUGGCACUCUUCUUUAUCGACGCGGAAAAAGCCCAAGUAUGUUUUCGGAAGCUGUGUUCGCUUUAUCUCUACUGGCAAUAGAGUUUGUGUUCUAUACCUUGACCAUCGUUGUUUACCGGAUCUGGUUCCAUCCAUUGGCGCAACAUCCAGGACCUUUCCUUGCUAAGUUCACGGACUGGUACUCCGUAUAUCAUUGCCUUCUUGAAGACCGACACAUUGACUUCUAUAAACUGCACUGCAAAUACGGCCCGAUCGUACGAUAUGGACCACAUCGCAUAGCGAUGAACUCGAACACGGCCUUGCGCGACAUCUAUCAUGUGCGCGCAAACUGUCAGAAAAGCCAAUUCUUCACUGUGUUCAGCCAUUUCUUCAAAACUCAGAUGGUAAUGACAACCAUCGACCACAAAGAGCAUGCGUUCAAACGUCGUAUCGCUGCGGAAGCUUUGACUAAGAAUGCUCUCAAACAGAUGGAGCCGGGCGUUAUGAGGAAUGUUAGCGUCUUCUGUGACAAGAUGCUGGAUGAUCCAAGUGACAAAACCAAGAAAUGGAAUUCUGCGCGCAACAUGAGCUCGUGGUGCGGCUGGCUGGUCAACGAUAUAAUGGGUGACAUAACCUUUCAUCGCAACUGGAACAUGCUCACUAGCGACGAGAAUCGAGACGUACUGCAGAUCUUGAACCAAGGCGUUGGUGGUCUGAAUAUGAUGGGACACAUGCCAGGAAUUUUGAGCCUUAAACUAGACAAGAUAUUCUUCCGCGGAGCCACUGAGGGCACAUACAAGUACCAGAGGCUGACCGCCGACCAAACGAACUUCCGUAUAGAACAAGGCGAAAAGAUACAGGAGCGCGAUAUUUUCGGAUCACUGCUGGCUGCUCACGACACCGAAACCAACCGAAGCCUGACCAGAGAAGAGCUGAUUGCAGAAGCUGGCCUUUUCAUCAUUGCUGGAUCAGAUACUACGGGCUCAGCAAUCAGCGCAACCAUUUUUUACCUUCUUCAUAACGAGCAUUGCUACGAGCGACUUCAAGCCGAGGUUUUGGCUAGUUUCUCUCAGAUCGAGGACAUUCAUGGCGGCGAGCAGUUAGCGCAAUGUCAUUACCUCCACGCUUGCAUUACCGAAGCAAUGCGUCUUUCUCCAGGCGUCGGCGGCAUUCUCCUUCGUGAGGUCAUGCGACCAGGAAUGACAGUCGAUGGCACAUACUUCCCACCCGGCACUGACAUCGGCGUUGGCAACUAUGCCAUCCACCACAACGAGCUUUACUUUCCUGAACCAUUUCAAUUCCGUCCUACGCGUUGGCUUCUGGCAUCAGACCAUGAAGGAGGAGUAACGCCUCAAGAUGUUCAACUCGCUCAUUCUGCGUAUGCGCCUUUUAGUGUGGGACGGGCAAACUGCUUGGGUAAAAACUUGGCCUAUCAGGAGAUGAUGACUAUCCUCGCAAAGUUGAUCUUCAUGUACGAGAUGCGCAUUGAGCCGGGAUCAACAGUUGGUGAAGGAUCCAAGGCACUGGGAGAGGAUCGGAACAGGAAAGGGGAGUUUCAAACGUGGGACCGAUUCGUGUCGCAUCAUGAAGGUCCGAUGGUGCAGUUUCGCCCUCGCUGA